GAAUAAUCCAUUAGAUCCCUCAAAACCUUGUAGCCAAUCAGAAGAAAAGGUAAAAAAGGGUUGCAUGGGUACCAGGGAUGGAUUUCUUCCGGUGAUAGAUUUCUCCAAAGAGGACUGCUUGAAGCCAGGGACAAGUUCUUGGCUCUCCGUCCGCAGGGAGGUUUGCCGUGCACUGGAAGAGCUCGGCGGUUUCAUGGCGACAAUGCCCGACAAAGUUUCUGCUGAGCUCCACCAAACCAUCUUUGGUGCACUGAAGGACUUGUUUGAGUUCCCUGCCGAACUCAAAUCCAAAAACCGAUACGAAGAGAAUCCCUUUUGUGGCCAUUUCAUAUAUAAUUCUGUCCAUGAGAGCUUGGGGAUUCAGAAUCCCACACACUCGGAAGAAACUCAGAAAUUCACACAUCUUUUCUGGCCUAACCAAAAUGAUCAAUUCCGUGAUAGUGUAGACUCAUAUGUAAAGGUGAUGAUGGAACUUGAUCAUGUUGUAACAAGAAUGGUAUUCGAAAACUACGGUAUGGAGAAGUACCACGACGAACACAUUCGAUCUACUUCUCACUUUAUCCAGUUUGCUAAAUACAAAGAACCCAGAAAAGCUGGAAGCGAUGUGGGUAUAGUGAGUCACACUGACAAGAACUUCCUUUUCAUAGCUAGUGAUGUGUUUAAGGUAUGGAGUAACGGCAGAAUACGAGCUUGUAGACACAGAGUCAACGUAAGAGAAAAUGAUGAGGCAAGAUACUCGGUUGGGUUUUUCUCUCUAAAGAUAGGGGUAACAACCGUACCCAAGGAGCUUGUGGACGAAGAACACCCCUUACGUUACAAGUCACUAGACCAAGUGGAGUAUAUCGAAGCACAAAGGAAAAAUGGAAUUGAGUGCACACCGGAGGCAUUCUGCGGAGUUUGAUUAUUUUUAGUUUACUUUUCGUAAUAUUACUUCCCUUUUAAACUGAAAUGUAUUUAUGUUUUUUCCCUUGUCUUGGGAUAUGCUGAUUUCUCAUUACUUGAUUUCUCAAUGUUUUUGAGCAUCAAAAUCAUUAUUGUUGCCCUAUGUGUGUUGGACCAAGUCAUAACUUGGUUUCAGUUGUAACGGCGUGAAGUGUUGGAAAAUAUUAGUAUUCAGGUGUUGGAAAAAGUCAUUCAAGAUGUAGUCAUUC